AUGACUAAAGGCAACGGCGGAUUUCAGCUGAUUUUGAGCUUUAAGUAAGUUUGUUUUUGAUAAUGUGAUAAUACAUAGCACUACAAUUUUAAAUUUUUUAUUAUUUUUUUAAUUUUUUUUUGAUUUUUUAAAAUUUUUUUUUAUUUUUAAAAUUUUUUUAGUUUUUUUUUAAAUUUUUUUUAUUUUUUUUUUUAAUUUUUUAAAUUUUAAAUUUCAGAAACGCCGAGAACAAUGAAAACGUAGUGUUCAAACAAGAUGGACAACGUUUCGGAACGUCACAGAGAACGCUGAAACUUUUCUCAAAUGCCAAGUAUAAAAUACAUAUCAAGGCGAAGCCUGGCGGUGAUUUUCAGUAAGUCUUCAUUAAAAUUUAUUUUAUUUUUGAACUUUUUUUGGUUGGGCGGGGUAAAAAAAUUUUUAUUUUUUAGUGAAGGGGAGAGGGAUAUGGAACAUUUUUGCAAUGUAAAAACUUUGAAAAGACAAGGCUAAAUUUAAAAAGACAUAUUUUUUGGGCGGGGUAUAGUAAAAAUUUAAAAUUUAAGGCAGGGUAUAACUUUUUUGUAUUUUUUGUACUGUAGAGUUAGGUGCCGCCUAUGCAAAUAGGCCAGCGCAAAUAUGAUAAGAUUAUAAUUUAGGCUCUAGCUCAAAUGCCUCUGAUCACCAGUUGAGUGAGAGUUCGAAGCUAUGGACCAGUUGGUCUUUAGCACUAGGGUUUUUAGAUAGGUCUUUAUAACCGUCUGUAUUUUUUAUUAUUUAUAUUGUAAUGUCCCAUAACAGUAACUAAGUUACAUGUCAAUUUUAUAUUUUAAGACGACAAUAAAUGUACGUGUAAAAUUCAAGACGUUUUUAAUAUUUAACUUCUUAAUUAAUGAUAGCAAGAAGUUUACUGUAGGGCCGAGUAGAAUAGGGUAUGGUAUAGUAGGUAGGAUAGGUAGCGCAAUGUAGAGCAAGGUAUUAAGUUAGAUAGGGUAGGGUAGGGUAGGGUAUUUUAAAGAUGAUUUUUGUCAAUUUUCAGUAAUUUACACUGCGGUGGAUCUGAUUUGGAGCUGAUUCCGGACGCUCCAGACUCUGGUGAAUAUACAGCUUUGUGGAAUACGACUGGUAUUGAUCCGAAUAAGAAGGGAGAACGGCAGGAUUUGCUUUUUAUUUUAUCAGUAAGUCUAUAGUUUUUAAAAAUUUUGAAACUUUUAAUUUAAAAAAUUUUUUAAAAAAUUUUUUUUUAUUUUAAAGUUAAAAAAAUUUAAUUUUCAAAUUUUAGGGUCCAGCAGGUUCACUGAGGAAGCAACUUCAAACCAAAUUCUACAAUCGUGGCGAUAGCCACGCUGAAUGGGGCCAUAAACUGGAGCAGCUAAUAUGGAGCUGCGCUGUAGAUGCUACUGGAGCUAUUAGUGUGGUCGAUGAGCAGAGUUUGUAG